AUGAACACCAGUGAUCAAGCUGCUCAAGACAACAACAUGACUUUGGAUUGCGCACCAUUAUCUGUCUACUUUCUUGAUGUUCCUCGCGAUAAUCAUUUCGAUACCUUUUUACUUGCCAUGAUCGUUAUCAACGCUGUUAUGGCUGUUGUAGCCAGUUGCAGUAAUGCUGUGGUCAUUUACACCAUUUCAAGAACACCUUCUCUACAAACUCCCUCCAAUAUUCUCAUUCUUGGUCUCGCCAUCUCUGAUCUGAGUGUUGGGAUCUUUUCACAGCCCUCGUUUUGCUUGUUCAGGUUUUACGAGCUUCGUCGUAACCUAGAUUUGUAUUGUUCCUUUGGUAAGAUGUACAUGUACAUUACAUUACCCCUUGCAGCAAUAUCUUUCCUAACACUGACCGCCAUCACUGCUGAUCGAUUCCUGGCCGUACACCUUCACUUGCGAUACCAAGACAUCAUCACAACCAAACGUGUUGGAAUCACUCUUGGUUUCAUUUGGAUCCUUGGUAGUUUGUUUGCUGUCUAUUCUGCGAUGUUUUUCAAGAUACUGGCUGUCGUUAUUUCUAGUUGUUGUUUCUUCGCAUUUUUACUCUUUCUAGACGUCUAUUUCAUCUUCCGGGUGUGUCUCGUAAUUCGUAGACACUCAUUGCAGAUACAAUCUCAACAGUCUGCUCAACAACCCAUCAACAUGGUAAGAUUCAGAAAGUCAGCAAUGGUCAUGGUUUUUGUAAUUGGUGCGUUUAUCUUGUGCUAUGUUCCUUAUGUCAUUUUCACCAUCAUGCUGGGCGUGGUUGAUGAACCUUCCUAUGGAUUACGAAUUGGGUUCAACAUCUCUGAGACUCUUGUGAUGUCGAAUGGAAUACUGAACCCCAUCAUCUAUUGCUGGAGAAUUGAAGACAUUCGCACUGCUGCGGUGCUGUUGAUGCGCAAGAUGCUGAGGCAACGCGAGAACUAA